ACAAAUGUACUGUAAUGUCUGUGGUGCAAUCUAAGGCUUCAAGUGUCCAUUUCAUUUCGGGGUGGUAUAUUCUGAAGGUUUCAAGAAGACCCUGCCUGUUUACAUGUUACACAUGGCUGCUAUGCCCCUCCCCCGUCCUCACUUUUCUCAACCCGCUGCCAAAAUAUGUGAAAGUCAAUCCAAGCUGCAGCUCCAUGCGCAUGUUAUUUAAAACUGGACACCAUCAUGGCAGGCGCGGCGGGCAGCUCCACUGAGCUCAGCGAGGAUCCACCCUUUAGCCCGAGAAACAUCGCUUCUGUGGAGGACUAGAGCUCCGAGCCCUUCUGCAUUUUUCUCGAGGCUUAGUAUGUCGCUCCCGGUGGUGCUGCCGGGGUCUUGCUGUCCGGUUAUCGGGGCAUCGCAGCUUUCGGAGCCGCCUUACCGAAACCGACCCCGUGGCUUGUCCGCCUCUUCCCGGAGUGCCGGCGGGGGCUCUCGGCUGCUGCUGCCCGGGCGGCCGCUGCUCUCGUUGGGCUUGCUGCAGCUGCUGCUCGGCGGCUCCAUGGUGGCGCUGUGUUUCGGAGCUCUGUCCCUCAGCAACUCACCCCCCAUCCGGAACUCAUGUCCCUUCUGGGCAGGCUCCUCGGUCAUUCUGUCCGGAAUCGUAGGCCUUACAACAUGGAGAAGGCCCAUGCUGCUGCUGGUCAAUGUGUUUGUCCUGCUGUCUGUGGUGUGUGUGCUCCUUAACCUGGCUGGAUUCAUCCUGUGCUGCCAGGGAGCCCAGCUGGUGUCCAGUAUGACCAGCUGCCAACUGAGUGAGGCCGGAGAUGUGUGUUACUGCUGCUCCCUGUCUCCCAGCUCCAAAUGUCCCGAGGAGAAGCUUCUGGAGCUCCACCCAGCCCAUUCCUGCAGCACCAUGAGGAUCCUGCUCAAGAAAGUCUUGUUUGCACUGUGUGCUCUGAACGCCCUGACCACCGCUGUGUGCCUGAUGGCCUCUGCGCUGAGGUACCUGCAGAUCUUCACAGCGAGGACACCCUGCAUGGACGAGCACAGGGCCACAGCUGAAGAGAGGGAGGAGCCUGCUCAGGUCCCUGACCCAGAUGAGUUUGUGGCCCCAGCCCCUCCUCCUUCCUACUUCUCUACUUUCUACUCAUACACACCACGCUUGGCCCGCCGGAUCCUCGGGGAUAGUGUGAUCCCCCUCCCUCACAUCUACGGUGCUCGAAUCAAAGGGGUGGAGCUCUUUUGUCCCUUGGACCCCCCACCUCCAUAUGAGGUUGUUGCUGGAAGCUCCGUAAAUGCAGUCACACAGGAGACAGAGAUCGCGCUGACAGAGCUGACCAUAGAGGCGACUGCCUCUCCCUCAGAAGACUCAGAUCCAGUCUCACACAGAAGUCCCCAAGUGGUAUCAACAUCACCAGGCAUCCCACUGCGUGCCAAGCCUCCACUCCAGCUCCAUCCUCAGCUCCAGGAUCAGCUCCAGCCUCAGCUCCAGCCUCAGCUCCAGGAUCAGCUCCAGCCUCAGCUCCAGCCUCAGCAAAGCCUCAGCUCCAGCCUCAGCAACAGCCUCAGCUCCAGCAGCAGCUCCAGGACCAGCUCCAGCCUCAGCUCCAGCCUCAGCUCCAGGAUAAGCUCCAGGAUCAGCUCCAGGCUCAGCUCCAGGCCUCAGCUCCAGGAUAAGCUCCAGCCUCCUCCACCUCCUCCUCCUCAGCAGCAGCCUCCCUCCCCAGCACUGAGCCACCGGAGGAAAGAAAGGAUGCUCCGCUCCAACAGUGACCCGGUGUUGAUAGACAUUGCUGCUAAAGUGCUGAGCAGCAGCGAUGCCCCCCAUGCAGCGUCUCCUCACACCACAGACUCCUCCACACAGACGUCCCAGCCCACACUGGCUGCUUGCACCCAGGGCCAGGUCACACUGCGGCGGGGCAACAACUGCGGCAGGGCACCCCGGAGACCCCGGCCGUCCUCUAUGGUGGACUACCAGAGCUACCGACACACACAGCAGCUGGUCAGGAGGAUCCUGGAGCAGCCGGCUGCCCAGGGCCUGACCCCUGAGGUGCAGGAGCUGGUGGACAGCAUCCGGACCGUCCUGCAGUCUGAUCAGGAGCACAUGGAGGAGGCUGUACGCUGCGCCAGCUAUAUAGAACAGGUGUUCACAGACUCAGAGAUGGGUCCCAGUCAGCCCAAACCUCCCCAGCAGGCAGCAGGCAGCCACUCCCAGACGUUCCCUCGCGCCCCCAGGAGGAGGCCCGGUCUGCUGCACCUGCAGAGCUGCGGUGACCUCAGCUCCUUCACCUGUGAAGCAAUCGAGUCUGCAGAACACAGAGGGAGCAGCAGGAAAGUGGGGUCCAGGGCAGGGUCCAGGGCAGGGUCCCGCCUGGAGCACCCUGACCGCCCCCACAGUCUGAUCGGAGUCUGCAGAGAGACGGUGCUCUAAAGGGGAAACCAAAUGUAUUCAAAUAUGUGGCAACACAGCUAGAUGCUGCGUAAUCUGUUGCUGAACUCUGAGAGGAAACUGUUCUAGUACAACCACUGAGGAGGAUCUGCAGGUGUGUGUGUGUGCCUGUGUGCCUGUAUGUGCCUGUGUGUGCCUGUGUGUGUGUGUGUGUGUGUGUGUGUGUGUGUGUGUGUGUGUGUGUGUGUGUGUGUGUGUGUGUGUGAUCAUUUAAAUCUUUUUUUUAAAGUUGCUUUGCUCUACUGUACUUUAGCAUCCAGAGUAGUUAUCAUUUUGCAAUUGUUCCACUCAACUCACAACAGCUACACUGAAAAAACUGAAAUGUUGACUUUAAUUAAAUGUAUUAUGUAAACAAAUUACACAUAACUGUAUUACAUUAAUUGAAAACCAUAAUAUAUAGUUUAAAAAAUAUUAGGUUCAACUUAAUUGUUUUGCUUCUACAGACUGAAUACAGUUAUGUGGAAUCUGUUGACAUAAUACAUUUUAUUGAAGUCAACAAUUCAGUUUUUCAGUGUAUACUAUUCACCAUAUAUAAUAUGUUGUUUUCUAUGCUAAACAUUUCAGAUAUUCUAGUGAUAUUUACUAAUAUUUCAGAAUUGACACAAACCUUUGUAAAUGUUUAAUUUUUUUACUAUAAUUUGAAAAUACAACAAAGUGGUGAUAACAGAUAAUAAUUAUAAAACUAUUUGAAUACUUAAUUAUACACUGUACUAUAAUUAUAAAAGGCUAUAGACCAGGGACCCUCGGUCCCAGUUUAAAAAAGUAUUUUAAAGUGAUAAACCAUUUAAUAAAGUGUUCCCGGUAGCAGCCAGUGUAGCGGCAAAGCUGCUUGUGCAGGUUCCUCAAAUCCAGGCUUUGCAAGUGAAUUGUGGCAGUUCCAAUGCAAUGAAUUGACUAAGUUCUGAAAACAAUGAAGUGUGGGAACUCAUGUGAAGCUUAUGAUGGCAAAGAUAACUGUGUUUACAAUGACUGUCUGUCCCUGUCGUUUAAUUACCUUGAACACAGACGUUGUCUUAUUUAUUGGCAAGCAGAGUUAGAUAAAACAUUGCACAUUGGAAAUACAAACGUUUGUGGAUUCAUUUAGCUCUCCUACUAAUUCUUAUAUUCUCCAUGUCAUUGGACUGCACUGAUGUUUUUAUCUUUGAAGCGGAGUUUUCCCAUUUCGCUCGUGGUGCAUCUGUGGGGAGAGGAGUUCUGAGGACACUGCCCACCUUCUCUGAAUGGUUUAUGUGAAGUUUUUGGCACACCACAAGGGCAAGCUGUCAAGCUAGGUCAGUGCUCAGCGGGAUUAUGAUGGAGGUCAGGCCAAAGUCAGUAUGUUCCUGCAGUUUUAGCUGACGGAGGAACGAGGCUUGAGCCAAUAAAUGACACCUGUUUUAUCAGUACCCUCAGUACAGUACACCUUCUAUAUGCAUACAGGAAGCCAUGGUGUUUUUCUAUGUGUGUGCCUUUUACUGACUGGACAUUUCAGCUGUUGUCAUGCAUUUUAUGAACAUGUGCACAUAGAGAUCAUUGUAUAUUAAACUUUAUUAACAUGGUCCUGAUUCUAUAAAGUCCCCAAGAGAUCA